AGCGUGUCGUAUAAUUUGUCACGUGUAUUAAUUUCAAUACUUCGAUUGAUUUGUUUAUUACAAAUUAAUGUUGAACAUUUAUUUAUAUCAAAUACUUAUUUCAUAAACAUUAAGAAUCUCUUGAAGUAAUUGAUACAUUUUCUAGUGUGUAGUUUCUUGCAGUGUAUAUGAGCUUUAUAAACAUAUAUAUAUUGAUAAAUUGAAAGACGGUAACAGAAGCCGGCUCAGUGUUUUAUCAAUAAUUUUGUGCUGAGAUUAGAACGAUGAAGAUUGAAGAAGUUAAAAGCUCUGCAAAAACACAAAGAAUUUCAGCCCAUACUCAUAUAAAAGGUUUGGGUCUUGACGAAAAUGGUGUUGCUAUACAAUCAGCAGCUGGAUUAGUUGGUCAGGAGUUAGCUCGUGAGGCAGCAGGUUUUGUUGUAGAUUUAAUAAAAUCUAAAAAAAUGGCUGGUCGUGCUGUGUUAUUAGCUGGCCCACCAGGAACUGGUAAAACUGCAAUAGCUCUAGCGAUUGCUCAAGAACUUGGAACCAAAGUACCUUUUUGUCCGAUGGUUGGAUCUGAGGUGUACAGUUCUGAAAUUAAAAAAACAGAAGUGUUAAUGGAAAAUUUCAGACGAGCCAUUGGUUUGAGAAUCAAAGAAACAAAAGAAGUGUAUGAGGGAGAAGUAACUGAGUUGACUCCGGUAGAGACAGAAAAUCCUAUCGGAGGAUAUGGAAAAACAGUAUCACAUGUUAUUAUUGGUUUAAAAACGGCAAAGGGUACAAAACAAUUGAAACUAGACCCAUCAAUUUAUCAAUCAUUACAAAAAGAAAAGGUUGAAACUGGCGAUGUCAUCUAUAUCGAAGCAAAUAGCGGAGCUGUUAAGAGGCAAGGUAGAAGUGACAAUUACGCUACUGAAUUCGAUUUAGAAGCAGAAGAAUACGUUCCUUUACCAAAAGGUGAUGUCCAUAAAAAGAAGGAAGUUGUACAAGAUGUUACAUUACAUGACCUUGAUGUUGCAAAUGCUAAACCACAAGGAGGACAAGAUAUUAUGUCAAUGAUGGGACAAUUAAUGAAGCCAAAAAAAACUGAAAUUACAGAUAAAUUGAGAAAAGAAAUAAACAAAAUUGUAAACCAAUAUAUUGACCAAGGCAUAGCUGAAUUAGUACCAGGAGUUUUAUUCAUAGAUGAAGUUCAUAUGCUAGAUAUUGAGACAUUUACAUAUCUUCAUCGUUCCCUUGAAAGUGCGAUUGCUCCAAUCGUAAUAUUUGCUACAAAUAGAGGUCAUUGUAAUAUCAGAGGAACAGAUGACAUUGUUUCACCUCACGGAAUUCCCUUAGAUCUUUUAGAUCGAUUAGUUAUAAUUCGAACACUUCCAUAUUCUAGAGCAGAAAUUGAACAAAUUAUGAAAUUACGAAUUGCAACAGAAGGAUUACAAAUUGAAGACGAAGCUUUAAGUGCAUUGGGAGAACUUGGAACAAGAACGACACUCAGAUAUGCGGUUCAUUUGUUAACACCCGCAGCAUUAACAGCUAAAAUAAACGGAAGAACAAUGAUCAAAAAAGAAGAUGUGGAAGAAGUUGAUUCAAUAUUUUUAGAUGCAAAAUCUUCUGCGAAAAUUCUUACUCAAAAUAAAGAUAAAUUUAUGAUGUGAAUAAUUUAUUUAUGAAAUCUUUAUUAUCUAAUUUUCUAUUGUAUCACUUUAUUAUUUUCAUUCAAUAAAUUCAUCAUUGACACAGAUAU